UGUUCUUGGUUGGAUUUUAUCGUCAAUCAUUACUGAAAUAUAUACUAACUUUUAGGCAAUGAAAUGAUUUAUACAAUGCAUUUUUCAAAAAAUUUAAUGUGCAUCGAACACAUUUUUUUCACGCCUAGGGGGACCUAAACUUCCUAGGCACAAACUGAGGAGAAACCAAUGAAUCAACAUGGACGUAUCGCUAGAUGACUUUAGCGUGCAAAUCAGAAAUACCUCUGCAGGAAGAAAUUUUGGAUUUUCUGGAAGAGGAAGAGGGAAUGUUCGUGGGCGUGGUCGUGGUGUGGGACGGCUGAAGUUUCAAAGGGUUGGAAUAAACACUGCAUCUUUACGGGGUGGAUCAGGGGUUUCUAGAGGUGGUAUUAGAACUGGCAAAGAGGCCAAAAAUUUAACAUUCACUUUUCAAAAUAAACGUGGUGGAUUUGACGCAAGGACAAAAAUAUCUGCCAGCAAGAAACCUUUAGAUGCGAGAGAAAAACUUGUGUCAAAGGCAAAAACUACAGAUGCCAGAACAAAAAUUGCAACUUCACAAGCCAGAAAGAUGGGAAACCCAUCAAGUGAUGCCAGAAUGAUCAUUACAAGCAAAACGGAUGGCAAUGGAGGAUAUGUCAAAGUUCGACUGGGAUCAGGGGAUCAUGCAGACAGUGCUCCUCUUACUAGAACACUCCAAUCAAGAGGAUUGUCAGGUUCGUUACAGAUAAAGAAUGGAUCUAUAACUCGUACAAUAGCAGGGGGAAACCAGCCUCCUUCCUCUUUAACGUUUGGAGAAGGUGGAAACCCCAUCAUCCAAAUAAAGAAUGAUCAGUUUUACAAUCCGACCUCCAAAGUACGUUUAGACAAUUACUAUGAGGAGGACGAAGAAUAUGUUUGUAAGCCGGCCAAGCCAGCGACAUACCUAGUGGAGAAAACACUGACUGUUAAAAAGCCACAACUCCUUCCUACUCAUAGUUUUACACAAGAAAUGCCAAAACGUCGGCCCCAGAUUGUGAAAAAGCCUGCCAUAAUCGCUACAAGGAAACCUUCUCCUAUUCGUUUUGAUAGUUCGGACUCUGAUGUAAUUGAUGAUACACACAGGGAAUUAAAGCGCAAGGCCUCCUCAGCUCCAGCUUCAGGACCGUUGAAGUUCGUCAAGACCACUGGGUAUGGAUCUGAGGUUCCAUCAUUGUCAUCAGACCGACCCAAAAUUUUCAAGGCAGCAAGUGUUCAAGAGGAAGCUACUCCAACAGAACCGCUGCAGGAAUCCACAGAUGGAUACCGGGUCAUUGUCUCCAAUCUUCACUCCAUUGUAGUACAGAACGAUAUCAUAGAACUGUUUGGUGCCAUUGGACCAAUCAAGCGAGCCAGACUGUUGAAGGCAGGAAUAGCAGAAGUUGUGUACCUCAACAAAGAUGAUGUCCAAAAAGCCAUCCAGAAGUACCACAACCGAGAGCUUGAUGGAUUACCAAUGCAGGUAAAACUAUACACUCCUCCUAAACCUAAGAAGGUGGCUGCCGAACCUGUUGUUGGGAAUGCCAAAGAUGUUGAAGGUCCUCUCAGACUUGGUAAAGAUAAUCCUAAGAAAGGCUCUGAUUUGGAUGUGAACAUUCUACACAGAGCUUUAUUCAAGACGGGCACGCCCAACAAGACAAAGGUGGCGUUCACAGUCAAAGUGUAAUUGUCCAACUAGACUCUCAUCUCUGGGCUAGCUGCAAAACUGUAGAUUAUUAAGUGAAGAAAAAUAAAUGAUCAUUAAUAAUUCCAGGUAUUCAUCUCUUUUGAUUUUUACCUAUUCAUUAAGUGUGCAUGGGAUAAGACACUUUUCUCCUCAUCCCUUAUUUCUCUCCCAUUUAUUCCCUCUUUCCUACACCUACUCAAAAUUAUAUUUCCCCCUCAUUCAUUACUACUAACAGUGUCGUACUCCAGCUUCUCCCUCAAUCCCUGCCUCCCAAUAUCUCGUUCUUACAAUCCUCCCAAUAUCUCGCUCCUACAAUCCUCACAAUACCCCACUCCUACAAUCCUCACAAUACCCCACUCUUUCAAUCCUCACAAUACCACUCCUACAAUCCUCACAAUACCACUCCUACAAUCCUCACAAUACCCCAUUCCUUCAAUCCCCACUCCUCCCAGAAAUCCCACUCUUACAAAACAGAGCUGUAGCUAGUCCAUCAUUGUCAUGUUCAUUAUUUUAGAUGGAGACACAACAGUUCACUCAUUUCAAGGUACAAGAAAGUCUAUGAUUAUUUUCUCAGAUAUUGACAAAAUCAUGGAAUAUUUUCGUAGCAUCCUUCAUGAUAUCAGUUCUUUCAGUUGUCAUUCAUUGAACAAGAUUUAAUUAUAUAUUCAUUAGAACCAUUUUGCAUUCAUACAUUGUAUUUCAAUGUUGUGUUUGUUUUACUUGUGCUUUGUUUUGUAUAGUACAUUGUGCAUUAAAUUGAAUUAAAUGCAAUGAACAGACAUAUACAUGUACUUUUCUUUCUGUUCUUGUGAGAGGAAUUUUUUUUAAAAAAUGUUUUGCUUUUUGCAUAUAAACACUAAAAUCAAC